UUAACUAUCAGCAGACGUUUGUUUUGAAGAAAUGUUUUCUAAAGCAAAUACAGGUUUGCGAGUAAGGCCUAAUCGUGGCGAAAUUUUGCCUUUUCCGCAAUUUGAAAAGCCCAGACCUAUAGGAUAUUUUAGCGUGGUAGGUGGAGUUUUGAGGGAGUACGAAUGUACAGCCCAGCAGUUACGUUAUUAUGUACCUCCACCAGCAAAAAAAUUUCCACUCGACCUCAAUGACGGAUUGAGUUCCGCUAUUAAAAAGCCAGAGUCGGCGUAUGACGAGGGACUUGAUCAUAUUUUCAAAUUUAUAUUUGAUCACAGCGACCAAGUUACAAAACCUCUAGCAGCUUGCGAGUUCAGACGACUCAAUGCAGAGUUUGUCUGUUGGCGAGGACUUUUACGAUUAUUGAUGUGUACGCCAUAUGAAUACAGAAGUGAUUGGUCAAUAGUUGUUACUCGUUUCAAUGGCACCUUUUACCUACGUAAGCGUGACACAGAACAUGAUAAAAGACAGCGCGCUCAGGAGACUGUACAGCAACAAACAUUUGCUUCAUGGGGCUUUAAGUUUGAACAAUAUUGCCUAUCAGGAUCACCUUUUCUUGAGCCGGAAACUAAGAGUCCAGUUGAUCAGUGCGGCGAAUUUUCGUGUGUAUUUACAACAAAACUUGGUGGUAUUGAAGUGCUUUACGGCGCCGAAAUGGAUGGAGUAAUUAGCGAACAGCCGAUCUCACUAGAAGGAGAGAAUGCGACAUCUUUAGAGAAUAUAAAAUUUGUUGAACUAAAAUUACGACAAGGAAAUUUGAAUAGGAAUCAGAUUCAGUCUUAUAAUCGUCAUAAGACCAGAAAUUGGUGGUGCCAAUCAUUUUUAGUUGGUAUUCAGGAUAUCUAUGUGGGCCUAAGGACUGAACGCGGACUGGUUGAACGUAUUGAACAUACGGAAGUGCGCUCUUUACCAAAACAAGGAGUGAACCAAUGGAUGCCAAAUGUAUGUGUAACGUUUUUGAUCGAGUUUUUAAAUCGGAUACGACAACUAAUGGGCGAGGUUAAUUGUCCAUAUACUGUAUUUGAAUUUUAUUUUAACUCCAGCCGAGGGGUUAUAACAUACGAAUGUAUUAAGGGGAAGUCUGAACAUUCGUUCCUGCCUGAUUACUAUAUCGAAUUGAUGAAAUCCAAACCAACCAUUCCAGAGAAUAAUAAAUAAUGGAUCUUAUUUUCUUGCCCGUAAAUUAAAAAAUAAAAUUUAAAUACAUUUCUUA